AAGUUUCAUUUAAUUCAUUUGAAGAUGCGAUGAUUUUGAAUUCAUUAUAUAUCUGAUAACAAGUGUUGCUUUUAAGUGCAUCAUAUCGGGGACCCUUAAUAGAAGUUAUUUUGCUAAAAUAUUUACAAUUAAACUAAAGCUGGAUUUUCGAUGCAAAUUCUUUCUAUAUUUUGUUCGUUUCUUACAUUAAUAGACAAGUUAAUCUCUAAGCGUUUCAUGACAAGUGUGACACUUGUUUUGUGAAUUGGAAUAUUGCGCCAAUCUUUUUUUACAUAGGAGUCAUCUUUGGGAACGGUCGUUCCAGCGGGACUGCUUUUUAAUGUGAACAAGGGUCAACUUAAUUCAAAUCUGAAGAAAAUCUGUCGGAAGAGAAAGUCACACGAGUAGGAAUAAAUAAGACGUUGGAUUCUAUACUUGAUUCGAAUCCAGACAUGGACAAAUUUGGAGAAGAAAAUGACACUAACCCGGAGUUUUGCUAUAAAGUCGGCAGCAUUGUGGAACAAGGGGAUAAGACUACGUCAGAAAAUGUGGACGAGGUGUCUCAGCGUAACCUGAUGAAUGGAAAAUGCAUUAUAGUGGUUGGAGGUGGAAGUUAUAGACUGAGAAACAUAUGGCAGGAUGCAGCAAAAUAUGGAAUAGAGGUAAUUCUUGUGGAAGCAGAUAGUCAGCACAUUGCCAAAGAUCAUGUACCUCGUUUUAUCCACUACGAUUUCUCUGAUCAUAAAAUCGACAGCGUGCAUGCGGCCGAAAUCGUCAAUUUAAUACAUGGCCAAGGAAUCAAGGCGGAUGGAUGUCUUUCUUUCUGGGACGAAUGUGUACCUUUGGCAGCUCUGAUUAAUGAAAAGUUGGGAACAAAAGGUCCAAGCUUCAGGGCAACGAUGACAGCCAAUUCGAAAUCAAGAACUCUAAAUGUUUUGAGCAUGCGCGGCGCAGAUUCAUCUCAGUGGCAUCGGACAGACAUUUAUGCAACAAAGGCCGUACAUUUGACGACAGAAAUGGACUGCGAUAAAUUGCCUGAUGGCUUUAGGUUUCCUGCAAUGUUGAAACUAGAUAACGGCGCGGGUGCAAUUGGGGCUUGUGUUGUUGAAAACGAGGUUGAAUUAAAGAAGAAAUUCUGUCUAAUAACGAGCUCACUUCAGAAUGAGACGGACUUUCCCGGAAUUGGGCUGACUCAUGGCAAUUCGAUGAUGACAAUGGAGUUUUACGGCGGAACUGAGCAUAUAGUUGACGUUAUCAUAUACGACAGCAAGCUUAUUGCUGCUUUUAUCACAGACAGUGGUAUGGUCAGACGACCCUAUUUCAACGCAACAGCCAGACGUAUGCCGUCAUUCCUUUCUGAGGACAAACAAGCACGGCUUAUUGAAGCGGCCUAUAGAUGUUGUUUACAGAUAGGAUUGUGCGAUGGUACUUUUAAUGUCGAGUUUAAAGUGACCGAGAAUGGACCGAAGCUACUGGAAAUCAAUUCGAGGAUGGGCGGAUAUUGCUUACGGGAUUGGUUGAGGAAAUUGUACGGUAUAGACAUCAUGCUAUACUCUAUGAUGAUUGCAGCUGGUAUUUCUCCCUUCGUACGUACACCUCCUGUAGAUAAAGUCCUUAUUGGUGUAAUGGUUAUACCUUCACUGCAUUCGAAAAUAUUUAAUGAAGAGCCUCUUAGAAACCUGCUGUAUAACAUGAUAGAGGAAGAGGAGAUUUUCUUUCUACAGUCCCGCUAACUAAGUGAGAAUGUACCUCCUUACGACAAACCUUUCGGUAAUAUUGCUGUCUCUGGUUCCACGUCACAAGAAGCAAAAUUGAAGUUGAUGGAAGUUUGCAGAGUGCUGGACAUUGAUCAACCAGACUAUCAAGUGGAGCAGCUGAUUCAUCAUUUUUAGAUAAAAAGAUACAUGAUAAUCUUGUUUAGACUUUUGUAUAUUUGUGCAGUUCAGAAAGUUAACAGUUUUUUUUAUAACUAGACACCAGUAGAUUCUUGAGCGAAUGUAUGUUUACCUUAGUAUCUGAAAUAUGUUCUAUUUUAAAGUACAUGUAUAUUUCACAUAACGUUUUAUCUAACCAUGACCUUUGCGAAUCAUAUAGCAGACUUGUACCUUCAUGUCAUAAAUAUUGUUACAUAUUUGCAAGAAAGUACUUGUAAAAGUUCAAAUAUAAGACUUAGUUAAAAACCUCUCUCACAUACACUGUAUAUAUGAUACGUAUGCUAUAUAAAUAUGUUCUUACCGUUAUAUUAG